AUGGAUGGACUGGCUUCCACCGUAUUGGGAGGUGUACCCUUGGGACUGGAUGCGACCGGUAACGAAGAACUCACGAAGAUAUGGUUGCAAGUUCAAGAGAAAGUGAGCCAGUUGGCACGGAACGAGGGAAAAGAAGUCAAUAAAGGUCUCGAUGUCGACAAUGUCAUUGCAAAUCUCGACGCCUCCCAGGAAAAGGAAGAGGAUUCACCGACCCGCCAAGCCGUUAAAACCGCGUUUGGACGCACAAUGGGUCUGAUCAAGACAGUCGGGGGUAUUGUUGCUGAUGGAGCAUCAGCGGUCUUUGCGCCAGCUGGACAGUGCUACAACGUCAUUAGCUUCCUCAUCAACGCGUAUGAAGGUUACCAAGGUGCCUUUGAAGGUCUCGCAGAUCUGCUCGACAGUUGUUCGGCUCACCUAGGCCGCCUCGACUACUACGUCAAAGCAAAGAUGGAUGCGAAGCUAAGCAGAGUUGCUGCAGAGCAGUUGUCGCUGUUCGUCGAUAUUUGCGACGCUGCAUUGAAGUUGCGGUAUUCAGCUGGCCACAAGUUCAAAACGGGUAUGAAAAUUGCAUUCCUACAAGAGAACGACAUCCAGGGACUACUGGGUAAAAUGGAGAAAUUGGCUACUAAGGAGCGUGGAUUGGUUUCUGCCCAGACUUUCGAACGCGCCUGCGCAGCGGCAACCAGCGCCGAAGAAGGGGCCACCUUUAGCAAGCGGAUUGUCGACAUGAUGGUCCAGAAUGGUGCGGAUCAGAAGGAAAGGGUCGAGACAGAGGGCCAGCAACGAACCCUAAUGGAUAUUCUGGCUUUUGACAAAGACCCUGAUCGAUGGGACAGUGUUAGACAAGCGCCUGUUCAGCAUUGGUUGGCGAGAUACAACGAAAUUCGCAAUUCUGUCGUGCCCGGCACCGGAAGGUGGCUUCUGGAACAUGCGGCAUUUCAGUCGUGGGUAGCCGACCUUGUCUCAUCUCCAAUUUUGGGGGUCGAGGGUGCAGAUAUCACUGGCAAAAGCUAUUUGACUUCAUCGGUGGUCAGACACCUGCAAAAGGAAAUGCCCAAGAUAACCCCCGGUUUUCGACAUCUGGUAGCAUACGUUUUCCUUGACCGUGAAAAGCCCGGUCAGGGAUUUGACCACACGGCCAAGUCACUUAUCUGGCAGUUCACACAAAAAGAUGGGCCGUACAUGAAAUCGGCGUCUCGUAUCUGUCAAAAGGCCACGACGCUUGAUCCGGAUGAGAUCAUACCCAAGCUCUUAUUGGGAAACACAGAAGUAGAGCACAUGGAUGCCGUCUUCUAUCUUGUCAUCGACGGAUUGAGUGACAAUAUGGACAAUGCCUUGCUCAAGUUCCUUCGACUGGCAUCCGAACCCACGAAAAAGAAGAUUCGAAUCUUCCUGACUGGGACCCAAGCGGCAUUUGCACAGGCCAAAAGAAGCGGCGUGGCCUACCGAAGCAUCCCAAUUCGCGGCAAUAACUCCAAUGACGUCCAGAAGUUCAUCGAAGCCAGAAUGGAUAAAUUCGACACUCUCUCUGAUACUGAGCGUUUUGGAGUAGCUGAGCGAAGAAAGAAAAUCCGCGAGGAUCUGUCAGAAGCGGCUGCAGGCGACUACUACAAAAUCAACUCGGCAUUGGAUACAAUCAGCACGCUGGAUUAUAUGGAGGAAAUCGAAAAGGUCAUCCAAGGCGCUCGCCAAGACCGCUCAAAUCAAAUCGCGGAUGAGGUCGAGAAGUUGAAUCGCGAGAGAACUUCAAGACAGAUCCGUGAGAUUAAUCAAAUUAUUCUUUGGGUCUCUUAUGCCAUUGAGCCUAUUUCGGUAGAGCAACUCGCCGCGGCUUUGUACAUGAACAUUGGUGAAGCUCCGAUGCAGCCACUUCCUGAGCGAUUUCGCACUAAGUAUUUGCUGUUUGAAGUUAACAGUAGGGGACGUGUCGGCUUCAGAUCCUCGAAGGCUUUGAACGCCAUCCCACAACGCCGUCAAUUGAAAAAGCCCGAUCAACAAAGCGAUCAGGAAAUUCAGUCUGGGGAGGUCAAUAUGAUAAAGCAUUUCCUUGACAAAGUGUGCCCUCCUGAUGUGUACAAGAAGCUUGACAUUGAUACGUACCUGCAACAAAAGCUGAAGCAAAAGCAAGAUCAGGUCCAACAGGAGGACCACGAUACAGGCCAUCUGCUACUGGCAUUAAAUUGUUUACGCGCUUUGUCCAAGAGCCGCGAACCAAGCAUCGCUGCACUUCAGGAAUAUGCUCGGAAGCAUCUUACCAAGCACCUCUCCUCGGUUGACUUAGCUAUGGUGGAUCGUGAACAAAAGAGUUUGGUCGGGGAGUUGUUGGUCAGGGUGUUCACUGUAGAUGAAUACAUCGACGCCUUCAUGUGGCCGGAACAGGGCGACGUUGUCAGUUGUCACCAACCAAGAGAGAAUUGGGUGGGAGACAGUCAGGAUAUUGAUCAAGUGCUUAGAUGGUUCAAGGAUACUGCAGUGGUUUCGAGCGUGACCGAAGAGUCUGACCGGAACUGGAUCAAGGAGGUCGUCACCCAUAAUACAUUCGAGGGGCUACUCAAGCGAUCUGUUGCCAGAUUGGCCUAUCAUUGCUUCAGGGAACCAUCCUCGGCUAGAGAGGUCAAUGGGAUUUACGACUUCACGGAUAGAUUUCUCUCAAAGAUUCGCAUUAAUAAGGAAAUCGAAGACCACACCAAAGUCAGCAUUGACUGCGCCACUAGGUUUGAGCAGUGGGCUCACGACAUACUCCAGCUCACCGACAAAGACACACUGUGGCAUACACAGAUGGCACUGGUCUAUAAAGAGACAUGGAAUCCAGAUGAAGCUAUCAAACAAUGCGAUGUUGCAUUGAAAAUGGAACCCAAAAACUGGAGAGCAUCGUUGUGCAAGGCGAAGCUGAUCUCACCGAAUGAGGCCAUCGAAAUAUUAAAGACGACGAUCAGCCGCCAGGAAAGUGACUCAGCAUGGAUGCAAAUCACUAGUCACACGAAAAGCCUUGCAGAAAUGAACUACGAACUAGCCAAGGCAUAUUGGAAAGUCGAAAAUUACGAUCUUGCCAUCUCGACAUAUGCAGUCUCCCUCAAACAAGAUCCUCGACGCACAGAUCGAUCGAUGAAUGUCUUGUUGCAAUAUGAAGCCAAAAAAAUGUGGACUACAAUUGUCUCAUUCAUUGAACAUCUGGCAACGAUCGAUAAUAAGAAACACAUAGCGGAUUUAGUCUCAAGAAAUGCGAUGUGGCCAUCUUUGCAUUUCGUGAUCAACAACACCGCCCUCGCAACACAGCAGUCUGGUUUUGUGGAUCUUGUUUAUGAAACCACGAUUCAGAUGGCUGAGAAGAGGGCUGAUUACAAACUUUUAUUCCUGGCACGUUAUUAUUAUGGUGCUACCCUCAAUGCUCAACCAAACCGACGGGAGGACAAAGUUAUUCAAUUGUGGGAACACGCGCUUAACGAUCAUCCGUUGCCUACUCUAUAUGUAGGGCUGCCAGUGAUCUUUGCUGGAUUGGGUGGUUUAUAUCUACAAAGAGCCCUCGUUGCGAAGACGAACGAAGAUCCGCACUCAGUAGCGGACUACCUUCGCAAAAUUUCUGACAUGGUGCCGGAAGAAGUGACUCAGUCUCAGCUUCUCCUUCCUCCACAACUUUAUCUUGCCCGGUUUUACCAUGUCAGCGGUAACGAUGCAAAAGCCAGAGAGAUAGUGCGAACCCUGGUACAAGUAGCGCUAGAGCUACUUUCUGAUGAAGACGAAAAGAACGAUUUCCAAGCAUUCGGGAAGUUGCUCUUUGUCUUCAUUCCGCUUGGUGACAAGAAAAAUAUGGCCGCAGCAUUGGCCUUGGCGGCUCUCAGCAGUUCAUCUAACGACUCUAAUGACUCUAAUGACUCUGAUAACGGAGAAGAACCCGAAAUUGAUAUGGGAUUACCUUGCUAUGGCCAGUGUAAGCACCUAUGGAAGGUUCCUAGUGAGAUGUGGAUAUGUAUGAACUGUAUAUCCGUGAUGCUUGAGGGAAACUGUCUGAAGAAACUACGAGAGGGCAAGCUGGAGCACAACAUCUGCCAUCGAGACCACGAGUUUCUAGAAGUUCCCAAGUGGGAUGAGGAACGCAUGGCCUUGAUGAUGUCCAAAGGAAAAGUGCCGUGGGAGAUGGUGCCGUGGGGAGAACAGAACAUCACUUUAGACGAGUGGGUGCAGGAGAUCCGAAAAGGAGUACAUUGGCUUGGAUGCUUGAUCAUCCGCGCGAGGAAGUCUUUCAUCCUGAUAAGUUCUGACCGGUUCUGGAACAUGCACUAG